UCAGUUGCGCGAGAGCCUUCUACGGGGGAGGAGCCUCGCUAGCUCUCUUUUCACUGCCAUUAGUUUUAUAAUUACCCAAGUCAUCAAAAAAAAAUAAAUAAUCGUGUGUUACGUUACUGUGUGCACAGCCUUUUAAAUUACAAAAAUAAGGAAGAUUUAAAAUUUUAAAACUCAAAAUACAACCCAGGAAAUAAUUAACGAGUGAUCUGGCAGUAAUAGUGAAAAAGCAGUGAUUUUUUUCUCUACUAUAUAUAUAUAUAUAUCUAUAUAGAUAUAUACAUUUUGGAAGCCAAACUGCGCCCCCAGACAGGAGCACAGGACGCGCGCUCCUGUCGGCAGAACCUUUUGUCUCGAUCUACCCACCCCUGCCUUGCGCUUUAUAGCCGACUGGCAUGCAUGGCCAGACAAAUAAUCUAACUAACGUGGUGUAUUUUUUUCUUCUUUUUUGAGAAAAUAAAGAACAUCUCUUCUAUAUUUGGAAUUUGUGGAAGUACUUGUGGUUUUAUAUAUACUGAUAUAUAAUAUAUGAAUUAAAGUGGAGAAAAGGGAGAACCUGUGAUAAUUUUUCCGUGUGUUUUUGUGUUUCGGUCUUGUUUGCUAAUCGCGAGUGUUUUAUCAUACAUUAUUCACUUUGGUGAUGGACUGGUGACAUAUUAUAGGAGUUUGACAGGAGAUUUCAAUUUGCCGCCUUUGUUUUUUUUUUGCACAUCAAUCACGGGCUGUGAAAUCAUUCCAGGAGGUACUAUGGGUGGAACCAGGAUUUACUCGGGCCUGCGAGGUUCACAUUCGAUUAGGUUUGAUGCUAAAAGUCCAUGGUGACUUUGAUGCUGCAUUAAAACACUUGACCCUUGCGUUAAUUGACGCAACCACACCUGCCUCCUUCUCCAAGCUCGAAAUUAAAUUCCACAUUGCACACCUGCACGAAGUUCAGGGCAAAUAUCGUCUGGCAAAGGAUCAUUACGAGACACUGCUUAAGGAAAAAAGUCUACCCUCCCAUCUCAAGGCUGAUAUCUGUCGACAGCUGGGAUGGAUGUACCAUGUUGUUGACUGCCAUCUUUUGGGUAUAACUCUUCCGAGGCAGCAUAAACAAAAUAUUGCUAUUCAGUGUCUUCAGAAGUCGAUAGAAGCCGAGCCGAAAAGUGGACAAAGUCUCUAUUUACUAGGACGCUGUCUUGCUGCCUCUGGAAAAAUUCACGAGGCCUUCAUUGCUUAUAGAAAUUCAGUGGAAAAGUCUGAAAGUAAUGCGGAUACCUGGUGCAGUAUAGGAGUACUUUAUCAACAGCAGAAUCAACCUACAGAUGCACUACAAGCAUACAUUUGUGCUGUACAAUUGGAUAAAUCUCAUUCAGCUGCGUGGACCAAUCUUGGAAUUUUGUAUGAAAGUGUCAGUCAACCCAAGGACGCUCUAGCUUGUUAUAUUAAUGCUUCAAGAGGCAAUAAUAAUACACCAAAUUGCACAAAUUCGCUGAUAAACAUCGGAGGUGCUAAAUCUGGUGGUAACGCUUCGAUGAACCCAUCUCUUCGGCAGCGCAUCAACUUUUUGCAAAAUCAUCUGUGUCAAGCCCCAAUGCCUUCCGUUGCUACCACAAGACGGCAAUUGCCGCCAAUAGAUGAAGCUUGGAAUCUGCCUAUUAGCGCAGAAAUGUCUAGCAGACAACAGCAACAGCAGCCAGCUGCUGGAGGUCCCGGUUGCAGGUACGGCGGAACUCCGGCACAUCCUCCACCCCCUUAUCCUCAAGGACAAGGACAAGCAGCUAACGUUAAGAGAUUUAAGACGGGAGACGAUGCCAUUUCGCCUUGUGGACAACAAAGGCCGCCCUCAUUUUAUUUAAGCCCUCAACAAUUGCAAAUGUUACAAUGUUUGCAACAGAAUCAAGGCAGCUUAUCGCCUCAGCAACAAGCGCUUUUGGCGCAAUUGCAGCACCAGUAUCGUGCAAUGCAGCAGCAUCAACAGCAAACGAGACUGCAACAACAACAGCAGCAACAACAAGCCACACCACGAGGAUUACGACCUGGUCAACCUGGUUAUCCCGCUGGCUACACACAUUCCCAGCCAGGACAACCGGGCGUUAUUAAAAACUAUGGUCUACCUCAACAACCGCAGGGCGGAACUGUAGCACUCCAAACUGGAUUUUCCGACUCAACCGUGGGUUACAGUCCAGCGGCGACUGGAAAUACUCAACAACCAGCAGGCAUGCCUUACAAAUCGGCCUCUGAUCCAAAUUUCCCACCCCGACAACCAACCCCCGGUCAAUAUCAAAAUCAAUACCAAUCCAAUCAAUACGGAAGUCAAGGUUUCACUCAGAUAUCGUCGACAACGAGUUGCUAUCCAGAGGGUUCCUCCGCCAACAACAAGGACCUCGGCGUAACAGAUCAAGAACUCCAGGCCCUCCUCUCUCAAAAGGACAUUGCCACCUCACUAGCCGAGGAUUUGCUCAAACACUUUGGUUCCGACGAUCUCGACGAGAAGGACGUCUCGCCGAACAUCAUGAACAAUGGCACCUUGAGUUCCGGUCCAUUCUCGCCCUCGAAUCUCGAGGACAGCAAUGAGAAACUAAAGGAGGUGAAACUCGAAAAGGAGGACGUGCAACCCUCGAGCACGUCACACGUCGACCUCAAGGGAAUGAAACCAAUGACCGUGAAAUGCGAAGCAACAUCGAGUACAAAUAAAGUCGAGUCAGUUCUGAAAUUUGAAAGUCUCUGUGAAUCUCAACAGGAGCAGGAAUUCAGUGUCGAGAUGGAUUCAAAGGCAAUUGUCGAGGCGUGCAAGGGUCAGGGUUUGAAGGGCGUGCCAAAUUGCUCGAUAUUGAGCGAUCGUUCACCACCGCCAGCGCCGCCCGAUCCACCAACUCAAAGGUUAACCAAGGAACAACUUUUGCCCUCCACACCGAGUGUCUAUCUCGAGAAUAAAAAAGACGCGUUCAGUCCACAAUUACAGGAAUUUUGCCUCAAGCAUCCAAUAGCCGUGGUUCGUGGUCUCGCGGCCGCUUUGAAACUCGAUCUCGGUCUGUUCUCAACGAAAACACUUGUCGAGGCGAAUCCCGAUCAUGGAAUUGAGGUUCGCACGCAAAUGCAACAGACGAGCGACGAGAAUUGGGAUCAGUCGAUGGGUCGUCGUGUUUGGGGCUGCAUCAGUCACAGGAGUCACACGACAAUUGCCAAGUACGCUCACUAUCAGGCUUCCAGUUUUCAGGAGAGUUUGAAGGAGGAGAGAGACAAGACGCAGGGUAUUCAUUCGUCGAAUUUGUCGGAUUCGGAUUCGAAGGACAGUACGGGAGUUGUGAGACGAAAGAAGAAUGCCUAUGGUGUUGUUGGCAGGCCAGCGUCGAAAAUGUUGCGCUUCGGUACAAAUGUGGAUUUGUCGGACGAGAGAAAAUGGAAGAUACAAUUGCAGGAGUUGAUGAAAUUGCCGGCGUUCGCGAGAGUUGUCUCGGCGGGCAAUAUGUUGAGUCAUGUGGGACAUGUUAUUCUGGGAAUGAAUACGGUUCAAUUGUACAUGAAAGUACCGGGAAGUCGUACGCCUGGACAUCAGGAGAAUAAUAAUUUCUGCUCAAUUAAUAUCAAUAUUGGUCCCGGUGAUUGUGAAUGGUUCGCAGUGCCUGACGCUUAUUGGGGUGUGAUUUGUGCAUUGUGCGAACGGAAUAAUAUUAAUUAUCUUCAUGGAAGCUGGUGGCCUUCACUCGAAGAUCUUUAUGAGGAGAACAUUCCUGUUUAUAGGUUUUUGCAACGACCUGGUGAUCUCGUUUGGGUUAAUGCCGGUUGCGUUCACUGGGUACAAGCAGUUGGUUGGUGCAAUAAUAUCGCAUGGAAUGUAGGACCAUUGACCGCUCGUCAAUACCAGUUGGCUAUUGAACGUUACGAGUGGAAUAAAUUACAAUCAUUCAAAUCUAUAGUGCCGAUGGUUCAUUUAUCUUGGAAUUUAGCUAGAAAUAUAAAGGUAUCAGAUCCUCGGCUUUUUGAGCUUGUUAAAAAUUGCCUCCUUCGUACCAUGAGACAAUGCUGUCUGAUCCUCGAGUUCGUCAAGAGUAAAGGUGUUGAGGUCAGAUUCCAUGGACGUGGAAAGAAUGAGGCCUCGCAUUAUUGUGGACAAUGUGAGAUUGAAGUAUUUAAUAUACUGUUCAUACGCGAGCAAGAAAAGCGGCACGUGGUACACUGCAUGGAUUGUGCAAGAAAGCAAGCGCCAUCAUUAGAGGGUUUCGUCUGUCUAGAAGAAUACAGAAUGCGCGAUUUAAUGGAUGUCUACGAUGGUUUUUCAUUGCACUCAACGUUGUCAGCUCCGGCGACAUCGGCGUCGGUGUCAGCGGCAGUAACGGCGGCGGCUCAUUCAGUCCAAACAACUCAAUCCUCCUGAGGUUACAUGCAGCACAGAUAUUUGGACUACUUGAGUACACUUCAAUAACUUUAAGUGGUACGAUCUCUGUAAAUAUUUCUCAUUUAAAUAAGCAACAAGCAUCCAUAUGUACCUGAGAGCUAAAAAAAAACAGAUUUGUACAGAAAAUUCUCUUUUAUCCAAAAAAGAGAGAACUGUACAUAAAAAAAAAGAAUAACGCGUCACAGGAGCAAAUGUCACAAUUCAUUUUCUUUCUUUUUAAUUUAGAGAAAAAAAUGAUGACUGAUAAUUUGCUCCCUAUAAGUUUGAACGCGAUUUCAAAGUUACCCGUAACUUGAUCAUUAGUUAGUUCUAAUUGUACAAAAAAACAAACGCUUAGUCUAAUUCCUUAAAAAAAAAAAAAUUACGGACUAUAUCUUUCGAUUCCUGUGACAAGUCCACGAGAGAGUGAGAGAAAUAUUUUCCAUAGCUCUCGGGUACCAAUCUUUUUUUUCCAUAUCUAAAAAAAAGAGAGAGGCAUGUAACACAGGAGUACAUUGAGUAUACCGUCUAAAAAAAGUGAUAUUUGAACAAUUCAUUUUUUAAAAAUCAUUUUUUGUAAACAAACAAAAAUUGUUCACAAAAAUGAGAAAAAAAAACAAUCACAUUGUAUCAUAGGACAAAAAAAACGUGAGUAUUUAAAAUCUUUUCUACUGCGCAAUUAGAUUAAUAUUAGGUCUUUGAGUUCUUUAUUGGCGAGUGAAAAAACUUUUUCCGUCAAUAAGAAAGUUUUACAAUGAAAAAAAGGGAAAAUUCUUUUUUAAAAUAACAGUUUCAUUGAAAUAUUCGUAAUUUGAAAUUUUCAAAUUUGAAUAUUCUUUUUAGAGUGAACCCCAAUUUUUUUUACACCGUCAAUCAAUUGUUGAAUUUCAUAUAAUUGAAAUUCAAAGAAAAAAAUCACGAAUUUACUAAUAUAGCUCAUUAUUUUUUUAACGCUUAAGACGAUAAUCCUUGUUGUGAUAAAAAAAAAAGAACAUAAACUUUUGAAAGAAGUUUUAAAAUACAAAUUUCUUUUUUUUACAAAUUUAAUCAGACUUAUAAAGUAUGUACUUAUAUUUCCUAUUUAUUAUUUAAAUCUUGCAUGAAUUUCGAAAAAAAAAAAUAUUUACUUAAACUUUACAAUGUAUUUUAUCAUUUGAACGUAAGUUUUCAUUGUUGGAAAAUUUUCCAAGACUCAGGGAAGUAAAAUUUAAAAAUUCAUUCAUUUCUCUUUUUUUUAAAAAAAAGUUUUCUCUCGGAAAAUUUCAAGAUUGAAAAUUUCACAAAUCAUUCAAUAUUCAAUGAAAUUUUGAUAAUUUGACGUUUACCAAAUUUGCAAAUUGUUUUUUUUUACACUAUUUGAAUUUUAAAAAUUCGGAUCAAAUGCUUUUUUUGACUCUUUGUUAUAAUAAAAUAACGAAAAUAAAGCAAGUGCUAUGAAAUCGCUCACUGCCAAAUGAUUUAAAAAGCAAAAAAAAUAAAAAUGUUCUAAAAUCACGAUAAAUUUAAUGAAAAUCGUGACUAUGUAGCUAUUGUUGAUAUUGUUGAAAACUAGAAUAAAGAAGACACAAAACUGCUCAAAAAUGGUAAACGGUUCUACGUUAUUGUUACUGGAUAAAAAUUAAACUCGGAGAAAAAAAUUUUCGAGUUUAGAUUUUUGCAAAAA